AUGUCCGACUCUGAGACCAUCGAGCUAGCCGCUCUGGGCCGGCCCUUCCAGCUGGGGAUGCUGUAUGACUGUCGCAGAGAUGUCCUCAUUCCAGGUACAGGAAACUAUUACUAUUUGGUUUGGAGGUAAUGCAUAUUGAUUAUCUUAAAUUCAUUGACAGUGUUUCCACCAUUGAGUUGGAUAGAGGGCACACUGUUCUAGCAUGGGGAACGCCAUUGACGGCUUUCACCAUUUUAAAGUAGUUUCUAUGGAUUAAGGAAGAAUCAGCAGGAGGGGUCAGCCAAUGAAUUGCACUCCUGAGCAAACAUUCCAAAACUGCAGAUGUCAGUAAAUCACCAACCAGACUAUACACACUCCGCACAGUAGGUGGUGGUAUGCACCUUUUCAGUUGAUUUACAAACUGCUAAUACACUCAUAGAAGUUGAAGAAGACAUUUGGGCCAUACUUGUGUACAUAAGCAAACAUUUAAAUGUAAACAGUUUCUCCAGCUCAAAAUGUGUCUCGGCUAAUUAAAAUUGUCGAUUUACAUGCACGUGACAGAAUGCUAAAUUGUAUCUGGUCCCAUCAGAUAACAUUUUUACAUUUUAGUCAUUUAGCAGACGCUCUUAUCCAGAGCGACUUACAGUUAGUGAGUGCAUACAUUUUCAUACUGGCCCCUCGUGGGAAACGAACCCACAACCCAGGCGUUGCAAGCGCCAUGUUCUACCAACUGAGCUACAGGGGACAGAUAACAUGGCAUACAUUAGCCCUAUGCUAACCUCACCAGGUGGUAGUGAUUAUAUUCUGUCUGAUCCCUCCUGAGGACCCAGAUUGAAUUAUGUAAUCCUUCCUUAACCCAAAGGAAGUCUCGACCAGUUGACUACUUCAAAAUGGUGAAAGUCCCCGUGCUAAAACAGGCUUUUGGGCACUAAAGUCCUCUAUGAUGCUGUAACAGAAGCGGCUAUUGCAAAGAGAGAUGAGUUUUCUGGUACAUCUCUAUGGUCACCACAGAGUAAGAAAAACUAGAGGACGCACUUGGAAUAAACGGCUGAUGGCAAGCAAGUUGUUUUUGAAGUGGUCAUUUAGUAGUAAUACUGUCGUAGAAGUGAUCAAUGCAAAGACACUCAGAAAAAAAAGAGUGCUAUGUGGCACCAUUUGUCCCUGUAGGGGAACCAUCUGUUAAAAGGCUAUAGAUAGAACUCUUUCUGGUUCCAAAUAGCACCCUUUAUUUGGAACCCAGGUUCUAUUUGACCUGAAAAGGGUUCUAUCUGGAACCCAUUUUCAGACUGGUUCUCCUACAAGGACAAAUGGUGCUACAUAGCACUCUUUUCUUCUGAGAGUGUAGGAGGUUUAGGUUUUCUAACUAUGGGUGUCAUGUCACCUAGAAUAUUUACUUUGAGUUCAAUAUUUACCUUCAAUUAGAUAUUUGAAUGAAACCAUGUUUACAUAUAGAAAUAAUUAUACAUGUACACGUUGGAGUAUUAUUUUCACAGUAAACAUUCUUUGGUCAUUCUCUUUUUAAACUGCAGGUAUCACUCUCUGGGAUUCUGAGAUGCUGCAGAAACACAUCAAUGUCCGUCCACAACCAAACACUGACUUCAAAAUCAUUGCUUCAGACUCAAGUGAAGCAAAGUCGGAAGCUUUGAAUGUGUCUGCAUCUCUUGAGGCCAGUUUUCUUGGUGGCUUAGUCAGUGUGAAAGGUUCUGCUGAAUUCCUACAUGACAAAAAGACCUCAAAGCGUCAGUGUAGGGUUUCUCUGCAGUACCGUACCACCACUCGCUUCGAGCAGCUAACCAUGGACCACCUGGGGGCAGGAAAUGUGAAACACUGUAAUGUCUUACAAGAGGGCUCUGCAACCCAUGUGGUGACUGCCCUGCUCUACGGAGCGCAGGCCUUUUUCGUUUUUGACCAAGAGGUUUCCUCAGGAGAAAACCACCAGGACAUCCAAGGAAACCUGCAGGCCAUAAUAAAAAAGAUCCCUCUCAUAUCAAUAGAAGGACAGGCAAAGUUGAAGAUGAGUGAGGAAGAGCAGAGGGAGGCCAAUAAAUUCAACUGCACUUUCCAUGGUGAUUUUGCACUAGAAAACAACCCUGUCACAUUUGAAGAUGCCAUCAGGGUGUAUGCUGGCCUGCCACGUCUGCUAGGGGAGAACGGAGAACACGCUGUGCCCAUGACCGUCUGGCUCUAUCCUCUCAAGAACCUGGACUCUGCAGCUGCCCAGCUAGUCAGGCAGAUCAGUGUUAGCCUGGUGCGUCGCGCACAGCGACUCUUGGACGGACUGGACAAUACUGAUGUACAAUGCCAGGACAUGAUGAAGGAAGACAUGGCUAUCAAGUUCCCUGAAAUCAAAGCCAAGCUCAACAAGUUCAGGGACUUGUGCUCAGAGUACAAGCUGGUGUUCCAGAAAGGUCUCUGCAAGGUUCUUCCCAAAAUAAGAGGAGGAGGAAUGGAGGAGGAAGAGCUGAUAAAAAUGCUCAACAGCAAAGAACGUUCUCCAUUCCAGAAUGACCUUAUGAUCACGUACCUGGAUGACAGAAAGAGAGAGAUGACUGUUGUCAGCUCUUACCUUGACAUAAUGAAAGAGGUACAAGUUGUGUACUCAAGCAAUGAAUUGGACGGAAUAGUGCUUGAUCAAGCUAAUGAUUAUGUAGUGUGUUUUGCAUUAUCCAAUUUGAAGGAGAAAGAAGAGUAUGUGGUAGUCUUGGAGAACUACUUGCUGGAAGAAUCUAAGAGUGAUUCUUCACUGAUGCCUUACAACCCCAACGCAGCCGGGAAAUCUGCAGCAGAAAAGUGGUUUCACUCGGGGGAGGUAACCACCCUAACCAGGCAAACCAUAAAUCUGUUCCUAGACUUCAAAGAGUCAAACAAAGGCAGAGAAAAUCUUGCAUUCUGCAUUGCAUCAAGUCCAAACAAACUCCUCACUGCGUCCAUCCAUGUCUACGAAAGAGGGACACUUUUGAGUCCACAGUUUGAGCUGCCAUCAAAGCCAGGUGUCCCCACCAUCAAGAGUCUGGAGCAUGACUGUGUCCACUUGCAAAUCAACCCUCCCAACCUUGGUGUUACCUCUGUGGAGUCAUACCAGGUUUUGUACCAGGCUGAGCAGGCUGACUCUGAGUGGACAGAGGUCAAACCUGAUGCUACAACUAACCAGGUCACCAUCAGUCAUCUGGACCCUUACAAAAAGUACCGCUUUAGCUGCAAGGCGGUGUGUAGACCUGGUGUGAGCCUCUCCAGUGACUGGACAGAAUACUUCAGGACCCGUUCAUGUAGCCCCCCUGGACCACCCACAGAGAAGAGCAUAGAAUCGGGACGUAUCAGAGUGAACUGGGACAUUCCUACCAUGGUGGGAGACGAUGUUUGCAGUCAUUGGUUAUGUGGUUGA